AGGGGUGGGGAGAGGAGAGAGUCCCUUUCAGUGCUCAAGCCUGUGUGUGCAACUUCCUGCCAGUGAGGAAACUCUCAGCUUGAGAAUCAGCCCUGGUUCUCCUUUCCCCGAUCUGGCCUCACAGGAGGAGUUGGCAGGGAGCCUUGGGCCCCUCUGGCCUCUGCCGGAUUUCCCAGCCAAACGCGGGGGAGAGAUGCCCUGGACCAUCUUGCUUCUUGCAGCUGGCUCCUUGGCGAUCCCACGACCGUCCAUCCGGCUGGUGCCCCCGCACCCAAGCAACCAAGAGGACCCCAUCCACAUCGCAUGCAUGGCCCCUGGGAACUUCCUGGGGGCGAAUUUCACACUGUAUCGAGGGGGGCAGGUGGUCCAGAUCCUGCAGGCCCACGGAGACCAGCGCGGGGUGACAUUUAACCUGAAUGGCAGCAGCAGCGAGGCUCCCUUCCACUGCCAGUAUGGAGUGUUAGGCGAGCUCAACCAGCCCCAGCUGUCAGACCUCAGCGAGCCCGUGAACGUCUCGUUUCCAGCUCCGACACCGAUUCUGGCUCUGUCACUCGGACUGGAAGGCAGUGGCUCCCUAGUAGCUGGGAUUACAGGCCUGGGCCUGGUGGUGCGCACUUUUAAACUCAAAAAUUUACAGAAGAAAAGAGAUCGAGAAUCCUGCUGGGCCCAGAUUAACUUCAACAGCACAGACAUGUCCUUCGAUAACUCCCUGUUUACCGUCUCUGCGAAAACGAUGCCAGAAGAAGACCCGGCCACCUUGGAUGAUCACUCAGGCACCACUGCCACCCCCAGCAACUCCAGGACCCGGAAGAGACCCACUUCUACGUCCUCCUCGCCUGAGAUCCCGGAAUUCAGCACUUUCCGGGCCUGUCAGUGAGGCUGAGGUCUGGGGGCCCCCUCCUGUCUCCAGGCAUUCGGGGACCUGAGGUCCUUCCAGCUACUUCUGGGGGGACUCUGUCGGCUGCUUUCUCAGGGAAUUGCACAGAGGAAAGGAAGGGGAUUUUCAUCACAGAGGAGUGGGAAAGGGAACACAGGCAAGGGCCUGGCACUGGACAGACAACAGGAAGUUCCCCUCUCGACCUUCAGCUCCUCAGGACCACCAGAGAAGAUGUCAGGACCCCUUCUUGUCCCCCAGCUGGGCCAUAAGAGGUCUCAGGUCUCUGCACACCCCUGGAAUUCCUCCCUUCCCUGCUGGGUUUUUGAGCAUAGGGUGCCCUUGGGUGUGUUGUGUGUCUGCCUGCUGGCUUGCUUAAGUUAUUAAUUAUAACACGGGUCAGGGUGUUCCCAGG